UGCAAUCUCUUUAUCAUCCCCCCCUCAACCACCAAAGUCGGGACCAGAAGGAACCGCUCCCUCCCUCCCUCCCUCCCUGUUUUGUUUUUUCCUCCACAGAACUGGGUGUAUUCAGUAAAUUGGUGGAUUUCAAUAAUUUUGAGAUGAGCGUGGUUAGGAGUGAGGGCAGCUGCGUAGCCAUCCGUAAUCUCUCCCCUUCAACAUCCAUCAACCGAUCAUGCGCUCACGGUUCUGCUUCUUCAGAUGAUGAUGCAACUUGUGGGACACCUACUUGGAUCGGUAAGGGCCUCACCUGUGUUUGCUUCAAGCGAAAGGGAGCAUAUGAACGAAUUUGCAUUAACUUGACCCCUCGACAGGCAAAAAGAUUCAAAAGGUUGAAGCAUAGAAUGAAGGUUUAUUUUGAUGCUUCCAGACCAGAUCACCAGGAUGCUUUGAGAGCUCUAUGGUCUGCCACGUAUCCUGAUCAGGAACUAAAUGGAUUGAUAUCUGAUCAAUGGAAAGAAAUGGGAUGGCAGGGAAGAGAUCCAUCUACUGAUUUCAGAGGAGCUGGAUUCAUUUCUUUGGAGAAUCUAUUAUUCUUUGCAAAGACAUUUUCAACAUCAUUUCAACAUUUGCUAAAAAAGCAAGGAGGAAAAAGAUCUGCUUGGGAGUAUCCAUUUGCUGUUGCUGGUGUAAAUAUCACAUUUAUGAUUAUGCAGAUGCUCGAUCUCGAUGCCUUGAAAACUAGAAGAACAUUUGUAAGAUCGGUUUUCUUACAGAUGCUAUCAGAAAAUGAAUGGGCAUUUGACCUGCUCUAUUGCGUGGCGUUUGUGGUCAUGGACAAGCAAUGGCUAGAGAGAAAUGCUACAUACAUGGAGUUCAAUGAUAUCUUAAAAUCUACUCGAGCUCAGGUGGAGAGAGAACUUCUAAUGGAUGAUGUCUUGCGGAUUGAAGACAUGCCUUCUUAUAGCCUUCUUAUUUAGCAUUAACCUCCUUCAGUUUCAGGCCAUGCUGGUUCAGACCACUCAUGUAUUUAUUUAACAUUUAAGUUGCAAGUCCUUGUCUUUUUUCCUUCAUCCAAUCCAUCUCCUCUCGUGUUAAGUUAAUUUGCGAUCCUGUUGUUUCGAUACAUAUCAAAAUCUAAUGGGUAUAAUCUGUCACUCCAACUACAACAUUUUGUUUUAAA